AUGUUAAAAGUUUCAAAAUAUCCUGCAUUAAGUUUCAUGACCCCAGCAAUUGAAAACAUUAAGCAAUAUCUUAGUAAUUAUCAACCUAAAAAUGAUGUUAUUCAACAUCUAAAAGAUAAUAUAUUAGAUAAUAUUAAAAAGAACUUUGGUUUGCCUUCAACUCUUGGACUAUAUAGAUCUUUUUUUGAUCCUCGUUUCAAAAAUUUGCUUUAUAUUAACAAUGAAUUAUGUCACGAAAUUAUUAAUAAUCUUCGAGAGCAAUAUACGAAACUUUCAGAACCAAUACAAAUAAAAAAGGAAGAUUCGAAGAUAUUAUCAUUUUUCCAAUCGUUUAAAACAAACAUAAUAUCCAAUAUUGAAAACAGUAAUGAAAUUACUGGAAUUACCGUUUUCAUUCCAAAUGGGUUUUUACCAGUUUUAGUACAAAGUAAUGAGACUGUAAAUUUACAAAAUAUGAUAAAGGAACUACCUAAGCUAAAAAUAAAAAUCCCAGCAUGGGUUUUAAAUACGGCAGGAAUAGAUCAAUCAUUAAACGAAAAAGUCACAAAAAAAGCUCCAAAUUGUUUCAUGUUGUUCCAAAAAGAUAUGUGUCAUAUUGUAAAAGCAUAUUACCAACAUUUAAGCAACCAUGAAGUAUCAAUUCUUAUUGCAAAAUUGUGGAAACAAGUAAAUGAUGAAAUUAAAGAUGAGUAUAGGAAGCAAGCUCAAGAAAUCCAAAAAGAAUAUCAAAAACGGAAUGCAGAUAAUAGAGUUAAAUAUAUAUAUAAAAGAAAAUUACCUGAAGAAAAGGUGCAUCAUAAGAGGAAUAAAUAUACCGAUAAUCAAAUUUCAGAGCUACGUGAUCAAAUAGGAUUUGAUUCCAACUCUAAAGAAAAUAAUGAUGAAUUACAAAACAAGCUGAAAAAUAUUCUUGACCUUUCAUUAGAUAACACUAUUAUAUCAAAAAAGACAAAUGAAAAAAAUAAUGUUAAAACUUAUUCUGAAGAGUCAGAAAACAAAGAAGUAUCAUUUGCUUAUCCACAAGAAUUUGAUCUCAGUUUGCAAUCAGGAUACAAUCUUUUUGGAAAUCAAUUUUCAUUUACAGACUUUGGCUACGAGACAGAAAAUUUCGAGGAUCCUUAUAAUAAUCCUUAUGCAUCAAUAACAACAAAUAAAGUAGAGGAUUCUAAUGAACUGAUAUCUUACGAAAAAAAGUUUACAGAAAAAUUAGCUGAUGAAUCAGAGUUAAUGGAUAUGUUGACAACGGAAAGUAAAGAAAGUCCCUUUAAUAGUGAGCAGUCUUCAAAAAAAAUAGCAAAUUUAGAUAUAGAAUCAUUAAUGAGCAUUAUAACAAAAAAUAGGGCUGGCUAG